AUGGAGGUCGACGACGGCCCAGGACCGGCGCGCCCCGCCGUCGGCUCCACCCUUCUAGCCACGGAAAAGAACCGUACCCGAUCCAGCUGGCCCCGCACGGUGCUUACCAGACGCAGCGACAGUCCCAUACACUGCCAGCAAUCACAUGCUUACGGUGUACGCAAAAGUAAAUGCCAGAACACGAAACGAGCAGAGCAGCCGCACGAGCGGCCCCGCAAGGUCGGCUGCAUCGAGUCCGCCACGCGCAUAGGCCGCAAGAAGCGCCUCGAGGCCGAGUACGAGCUCGGCGACGAGAUCGGCCAGGGCAAGUUCGGCUCCGUCCGGAUCUGCCGCGCCAAGGCCGGCGGCGAGGAGUUCGCCUGCAAGGCGCUCCCCAAGAACGGCGAGGAGACGGUCCACCGCGAGGUCGAGAUCAUGCAGCACCUCUCCGGCCACCCCGGCGUCGUCACGCUCAAGGCCGUCUUCGAGGACGCCGACAAGUUCUACCUCGUCAUGGAGCUCUGCAGCGGCGGCCGCUUGCUCGACGAGAUGGCCAGGGACGGCACCUUCUCCGAGCAGCGGGCCGCCCUUGUCAUCAAGGAUCUAAUGUCGGUCGUCAAGUACUGCCACGAAAUGGGCGUCAUCCACAGGGACAUUAAGCCGGAGAAUAUUUUGCUCACCAAGACUGGCAAGAUGAAACUAGCUGAUUUUGGAUUGGCAGCACGAGUUACUAACGGUGUUUUUAGUCAUGAAUUGGUAGCAUGUGGUGCCUUCAUUGGUAAGUUCUUGCUAGAUAUCCAAGGUCAGAAAUUGUCUGGCGUUGCUGGGAGCCCAGCCUAUGUGGCGCCUGAGGUGUUGUCAGGAAGCUAUUCUGAGAAAGUAGACAUAUGGGGUGCUGGGGUGCUCCUCCAUGUACUACUGCUUGGUUCACUUCCAUUUCAAGGAGGCUCUCUGGAAGCUGUCUUUGAAGCUAUAAAGACAGUUGAGCUUGAUUUCAACAGCGGUCCAUGGGAAUCAAUGUCAGUUAUUGGACGGGAUCUUAUAAGUCGAAUGUUGGAUCGAGAUGUCUCUUCUAGAAUAACUGCUGAUCAAGUUCUUUGUCAUCCAUGGGUGUUGUUCUACACGGAAUGUACCCUGAAGGCUGUAACUCCUGAUGUCACUAACAAGAUUGUAGCACCCAAAAUUCCAUGGGACAGAAUUAGAUCACAUUGUGAGUCGUCAGCUUCAGAUUCGUCGAGCCAGAGGUCGGAGGACCAGGAUGAAUGUGGCAUAGUCGACGCACUGACAGCGGCAAUAACACAUGUUAGAAUAUCGGAGCCGAAAAGGACCCGGCUUUGCAGCCCCGGCAUUCCCAUACAGCAGGAGUGCUCCUCAAACUUGAAGAGCAACCUGUGCACGGCGUUCUGA